AUGACGAAACAAAAUUUUCGAGCGUUGAUGAAAGAAGACAUCGAACUGUACAACACGUACAACAAAACCAAAGCUUCUAUCGUGGAACAUCUGAUUCGUACUCUAAAGACAAAAAUGUGGCGCUAUUUUACGGCCACGAAAACCAUGAGAUACGUGGACAUGUUACCCGAUCUGGUGUAUUCUUACAAUCACAGUGUUCGCCGUAGCAAAAAGACAAAACCCGCGGAAGUAACCGCUGAAAACGAAAAGAAAGUGUGGCAAACCCUGUAUGAUCAUGACGCCGUGAUGAAUGUAAAGUACAGGCUUAAGAUUGGCGAUCAAGUUAGAAUUAGUAAGAUGAAACGAACGUUCGAAAAAGGUUACUUGCCAAAGUUCUCAAAACAGAUCUUUACUAUAAGCAAGCAAGCAAGCGCCUCGUGA